CAUUUACAUUUUUUGUGGUACAACAAAAAACUAUCCAUUCAUUCCAAACUGGUGUGUAAAUUUUGCAUCCGUACAUAACGGAUAACGCUUGCUUGCAUAGAAUUGUGGCCAGCGGGACCGGUAAGCCGCUUCAUUUGCGUUAAAACUAGCGCCGCGAGAAGUCACGCUGUACCGUGCGUACCGAACGCACGCUCUUACGUACACGUGCUCCCUAACUUGUUUCGGCCGUUCUUGCGUACGUGCGAUGCGUGCGUGUAUUUGUGUGUUAUUUGGCUAGUGUAGCGUAGCAAGCAAGUGUCCGUAUUAUAAAUGUUAUCCUUUUUGGUAUGCCGUGUAGCAUAUAGGCGUUACGUUUAGUGAAGGGAUGUUUGUGAAGAAGAAAAAAAAAAGGAAUACAGUGAGCAUGGAAAAAUCCGGCAAAGUGUAAAGGGGGAUGAUUGUUCCAUCUGUUUCAGUUUGAUGUGAUAUGUUUUCGCGUUUGGUGUAAAAAAUCACAACCAAAACCACAUAAAAUGCUACACGAUUAUUUCACCAUUGCUAGAUAGAGUAAAUUAUGAAACAAUCACAUCUAAACCACAGCUCUUCCCAGCAAGCGUAAGUGUACGCGUGAUAAAACCGAAAGAAAGAACGCAGUCGCGAACAAAACGAAGGUACAACACAAAAAAAACAACCCAAACACACAUUACGACUCUGUUACCAUGGCGCGAUUCCAACUGCUUCGACUGUUGGUGGUACUAUUUGGGGCUGGACCGUUCAGUUCGAUUUUGGCCGCACUGGCAACGAACGAUGAGCAUCUUCUGAUGGAACAGAACGCACACCGGCAUCACGCAUACCAGAAGGAUUCACAAUCGCACAGCAAAGCAUCCUAUCCGACGUCGGCCACAAAUGUGCCUUCUUAUGAGCUGGAACAUGGACAAACGGAGGCAGCCGCACGCGAGUACGUGGCCUCGAUGACCGAUGCGGAAUUGUCCGUUCCGAGCUGGUGCAAGGAGUGUAACGCAACCAUGCUGCACUACUGUCGUACACAGCGAUUCCUAAACGAUCACUGUUGCUGUGAAUAUUCACACGCCAGAGAGCAACUGCCAUGGAUCUCACACACCUGCCAUCGUCAGUUGGAGGGAGACUGCAAGGUAAACGCCGGUUCUUGCGGCAAGUAUCGCGUGAUCAAAGAGUGCUGCUGCGAUCGGAUCACAAAGCUGGAGUCCAAAAACAAAUACUCAUCCGGAUCCAACACAGGACCAGCAAGGUUUAUACCGUUUCUUGCCCUAGCGUGUGCUUUCGUCCGUUUUGUUCCACAGCAACAGCUCAGUUAGCCAGCCAGCAGCUUCGUUGUGUACUUGACAGGCAACAUUCGCUUGUACUUAAGUGACCUUAUCAUGGAAGGUGAUUCGAUCGGUAAAUGAACAAGAAGAGAACGAAAAAGGAUGGGUCUUCAGCAUUCAGCAUGUAACGUUAGCAUUCCUUCCCGGUGUCAUUAUUGAAAAUUGUGUCUACAUUGGUUUGCACUUGUGCUAGCGAUGGUGUUGAACACCAUACAGGGGCUCUAAACAGUGUGGUUAUUUUAAUUUGUUUAAUUUGUUGGUUAGUGCAUAUAUAAGAAUCAUAGCAAAACUAUGAUAUCGCAUUGUAUUCAUUUUGAGGCGUACAAUAAUCAAUAACGUCCCCACCUGCCAUUGUGAGGGUAAACUAAAGCGUGUUUACUGAAAUUGGAAACAAAGUAAGAAGUUUUAGAUUUCGACGUGUUAGCUGUGAAACAAAAUUACGUAGUAUAGGGUAUGUAAAGUCAUUAGUUUAAGUUACCGAUAACAAAGCUAAAUGUUUGUAAAGUUGCAGCAAAGGUGCAUACCAAAGGGUAGACCUAUAAAUAAAUAGUCUGUGAAUAAAGAAACUGUAAAAAAGGA